AUGCUCAACCAGCAGCACAAUCAAGCUGCUCCACAAUUACUCAAUGUGCAGCGACCACACCAAAUUCAGCCGCCUGGUCCACAUCGGGUCAUACAGCAAGGUGGACCACCCAUGCAACAAAAUAAAAUUCCACAAGGACAAUCACAAAUGGUGAACAUGCAGGGACAACAAGGCCCUCAACAAAUGCAACAGCAACCUGCACAGAAUCUUAUGAUGAACAUGGGCCAGCAAAUGCGUCCUCCACAAAAUCAAGCUCCCCAAAUGAUGCAAAAUCCUCAGCAAUCACAAAUUCAGAUGAGGGGGAACCCUCCGCAGCAGAUGCGUGGUAUGCCCCAACAAGGCCCGCCAAUGCAACAGUCACAGCAGCCACCACCUCAGAUGUCACAAAUGAGAAUGCAGCAGCAGCAGCCACAGCAACCGAAUAUGAAUUCUCCUCAGUCACAACAUCAGAGAGCUCCGAACAAUAUGAAUAUGCAGCAAAAUCUUCCGAAUCCGCAGCAACAAAUGAGGAUACCACAGGCACAAAAUCAAAUGCAGCAGAGAAUACCGCAGGUGUCUCCACAGCAAAUGCAGAUGCAACAGCAACAAAACAUGAACGGACCACCAUCUCAUCCUCAUCAGAUGCAACAAGGUGGACCACAGAGUAUCAACAGACCGCCGUCUCAACCUCAUCAGAUGCAACAAGGUGGUGGACCGAUGAGCAUGAACCGACCACCUUCGCAACAGAUGCACCAACAAGGCGGACCUCAGCUGAUGAAUAGGCCUUCUUCACAAAUGGGCGUGCAGCCGCAGGGCGGGAUGAUGAGCCGACCUCCAUCACAGCCUCAUUAUAUACAACAAGGCCCAUCGAGUAUGAACACGCCGCCGCAGCAGCAAAUGAGAAUGCAACAAAUUCAACAAAACAAUCAAAAUAUGAACAACGGAUCACCUCAUCAGCAGCAGCCUCUUCAGCAUCAGCAAAUGCAGCAAAAUGCUCCGAACAUGAACAUGCCACCACAACAGCAAAUUCGGAUUCAACAGCAAGAACCACAGAUGCUGCAAGGACAAACGAAUGGACCACCACCGCCGCACCAACAGCAGCAACAGCAGCCAGUCCGUGUCGCCCAGGUUGCACAACAGCCGCAGAACAUGCAGAUACCUCCACGCCAAAUGACGCCGCAACAAUCCCAAUCGAUUCAUGGAUCCAUGCAGAACUCGCCGCAGAAUCCACAAAUGAGAAUGAAUCUUGCACCACCACAGCAGCAGCAGCAGCAUCAUCAAAAUCAGCCACCUAUGCAGGGUAACCCGCAGUCUGAUAGACAAAUGCCUCAAAUGCAGCAACCGGGAAGGCAAAUUCACCCGAACAUAAAGCGGCAGCCACAACAUCAAAUGCAGCAAAACAGAUCCAUGCAACAAGGGCCUCACAAUCCUCAGAAUAUUCCUGAUCAAAUGAUGAAUAUGCAACAAAUGCAACAAGAUCCAAUGUCCCAACAGCCGCUGCAAGAAUCACCUCAGCCAAAUUUACAUCUGCAGCACCAUCAGACUCCGCCAAUGCAAAGCCAGAUGAUGCAGCCGGUGGUUACAGAUAAUUUUGAGCCGGACAAUGAUCAAACCAUUAGAAUCAAUGGAGAGCACGCGAUUAUUAAUGGAAUGCAGUACAAACUUGUUCCUCAGCAGAGACAACAAAACCAGCAAAAAAUGCCAAACCAACAAGGGCAACCAAUGCAACAAGUUCAUCAGGGAGGUCAUCAAGAGGAAGGUUUUCAACAACAGCAUGGACCACCGAACAACCAGGGGCAAAAUCAGCAGCCACCAAUGCAAAAUCAGCAAAACAUUCCGAUCCAACAUCAGCAGCAGCAGCAAAAUAUGAUGAAUCAACCAAUGCAAUCGAACAACAAUCAAAAUAUGGCCAACAUUCAAAAUCAGCAGAAUCUGCAAAAUCCUCCAAUUAUCCAACAACAGCAGCAGCAACAAAUACCUCCAGCUAAAGUUGCACCAAAGCCACGGUAUAGAGGAAAGAAGAAUCCUGCGCAGGAACCACCUCCUCCAAUCCAACAAACCAAUGCUGAAGAUUUGAACAAUUCCAUGUCGGGCUUACCAAUGGGAGCGAAGGGCGAGCGGAAAGUCAUGGCACCAUCUCUUACGACAAAUACUUUCCACCAACAACAACAAGCACCAAAUGGAUUACCUCCAAAUAACGCUGGACCGAUGAUUCAGCAAGGGAAGAACAUUGCUGGAGGUUAUCCACCAAAUCAGAAUAAAGUGACUCCUGGGAAGAAUGUGCCCAAGAAUCAGCAACAGUCAAGACCGCAACAAGCCAAUGGGAAGGUUCAAGCGAAAUCUUCACCAGACUUAUCGCAGCCGUCAACAUCAAAGCAAAGACCACCAGCGAACAAGGCAGAUAUGACAGUAAUACGGGACGCAAUUGUUUCGCAUGUUAAAGGAUCAAGGAAGAUGACUCCAGAGUAUAUCGAAUACGUGUGUGAAGAGCUGAACCGUUUGAUGCGUGAGUUGGAGAAAGCUGAUAUGAAGACGGAUCGAAGAUACAUCUCGGUUCGCAAGUUGUUGGCCUUGAUUCAAGAGGAGAAGCUUACAAUCAUUAUUCCACCAAGAAUACCAAUGCCCGCAAGAUAUCCUCCAACUGAAGAGAGUCUUGGUGACGAGCCAGUUGAUGAGACUGUGGAAGAUCGAGCUGCACGAUAUGAUGAUUACAUGCAAGUGCUUGCUAACGCUUAUCCUCUCAAUACGUGGGACUCCAACUUCAUGAAAAUUGACGAUGAUAUUAUUCGAAAAGAGGCUCUUCAUUACCGCGACCAAGACAUGAAAAACCGUGAGAUGUAUCUUAAAGAAAACCUACACACAUUUCCGGAAGAACGACAGACGAAAGCGAAAAUUGAGUACCUUGGUCUCAGCCUUUUAGAUUUUCAAACAGAACUUCGGAAAAAGGUAUUGGCAACCACAGUGCUAGUUCCUCCGAAUGAUUUUCUCAUCAAUCCAUGGUCUAUUCGAAGGACGAAGUAUGAGUAUUUACAAGAGUUGAAACGCCAUCCAGAUCGAGCCAUCUUGGAAAAAAGACGAAAGGUCACAAAUUUUCAUUUUCUGCAAAGUCUUACCAAGCACGCGCGGGAGUUUAAAGAGUUUCAUAAACGAAAUAUGUUGAAUCACACAAAGGUUCGAAAAUCCAUGCAACAAUACAUCACCAACGAAAACAAGAGAAUUGCCCGCGAGGAGAUGAAGAACGAGAAAAACCGAAUUCAAAAGUUGAUCCAGGAAGACGAAGAAGGAUAUCGUGCAAUGUUGGAUGAGAAGAAAGAUCAGCGGCUUGUAUAUCUAUUGGAGCAAACUGACGACUAUAUCAAAAGUCUAUGUGACCUACUGAAACAGCAGCAAAACGCAACAGCAGGGUCUCUUGCCACCAAAUCAUACAUUCGUAAGGAAUAUGACGGAGUUGCGGAAGAAGAUAAAGUGAAAAGUAUACUGGAUAAAGCUCGAAACGACGAUGAUGAGUAUGAGAACAAGACCAAGAUGAACAUUGAGGAUUACUACACGACAGCUCACGGAGUUCGAGAAGAAAUCAAAGAGCAACACUUUAUGAUGGGUGGAGGUAAUCCCAGCUUGAAGCUGAAACCGUAUCAAAUCAAGGGUCUCGAGUGGAUGGUAUCCUUGUUCAACAACAAUCUCAAUGGAAUUUUGGCAGACGAAAUGGGGCUAGGAAAAACUAUUCAGACUAUUGCGUUCAUUACUUAUUUGAUGGAGAUCAAGAAAACGUCUGGCCCAUUCCUUGUUAUUGUUCCUCUCUCCACAGUGCCCAAUUGGCAAAACGAAUUUGACAAGUGGGCGGCAAAUGUGCACCUGAUUGCAUACAAGGGACCCAAAGAGACGCGAAAAGUUUUCGAGCCAAUAAUCAAGUCUGGAAAGUUUAACGUUUUGUUAACAACUUUUGAGUAUGUGAUAAGAGAGAAGGCGUUACUGGGAAAGCUGAGAUGGAAGUAUAUGAUUAUUGAUGAAGGGCAUCGUUUGAAAAAUCAACAUUGUAAACUUACGGAAAUGUUGAAUACGAGAUUCCAGUGUCAAAGGAGACUUCUUAUCACAGGAACACCGCUUCAGAAUAAGCUACCGGAGUUAUGGGCUCUACUGAACUUCCUGCUUCCAUCCAUUUUCUCAUCAUGUUCGACCUUCGAGCAAUGGUUCAAUGCACCAUUUGCCACAACUGGCGAAAAAGUCGAACUCACACAAGAGGAAACCAUGCUCAUCAUUCGCCGACUUCACAAAGUUUUGAGACCGUUUUUGCUUAGACGAUUGAAGAAGGAAGUCGAGUCGGAACUACCGGAUAAAAUGGAAUUUGUUGUCAGAUGUGACAUGUCGGCGCUUCAAAAAGUUCUUUACAAGCAUAUGCAGAAGGGGUUGCUUCUUGAUGGAAAGACCAAUACGGGAAGUAAAUCGCUGAGGAACACGAUGAUUCAUCUCCGGAAACUUUGCAACCAUCCGUUCCUUUUUGAAAAUGUGGAGGAGUCUUGUAGAAAUUUUUGGGAUGCUCGAUUUAUAUCUGCAGUCGAUUUGUAUCGUGUCUCUGGAAAACUUGAGCUAUUGAGUCGAAUUCUACCAAAACUCCAAGCAACUGGACACAGGGUUCUGAUGUUCUUCCAAAUGACUUCCAUGAUGACCAUCGUUGAGGAUUUUCUAGCAGGAGGCACAAUUCAGUACCUUCGAUUAGAUGGUAGUACAAAACCAGAUGAGAGAGGAGCACUACUCGACAAAUUUAACGCGCCCAACAGCGAGUACUUUUUGUUCAUGUUGUCUACGCGUGCUGGUGGCCUUGGACUGAACUUACAAACCGCUGAUACGGUGAUCAUUUUCGACUCGGACUGGAAUCCCCAUCAAGACAUGCAGGCUCAGGACAGAGCACAUCGUAUCGGUCAGAAGGCAGAGGUUCGCGUGUUUCGCUUGAUUACUGCUAACUCGGUGGAAGAAAAGAUUCUCGCGGCAGCUAGGUACAAGUUAAAUGUCGAUGAGAAGGUUAUUCAAGCGGGAAAAUUUGACAAUCGAUCAACUGGUGCAGAACGGCGAGAAAUUUUGGAAAAUAUCAUUAAGACGGAAAACGAGUCCGAAGAGGACGAAGAAGUGCCGAAUGACGAAGAUAUCAAUGACAUACUGUCAAGAAGUGAGGAAGAGUUUGAGCUAUUCCAGAAAAUGGAUCAAGAGAGAUUCGAAAAUGAGCAGGCUCAAAAAGCAAAACCCAGACUAGUUGGAGAAGAUGAGAUUCCAAGAGACAUUUUGCGAGCUGCUGACGAGACGGAUUACAUUGAAAAGGCUAAAGAAGAAGGUCGAGUUCCUUACUUGGAAGUCAUGCCUGGAUCAAGGAGGACAAGAAGAGAGGUUGACUACUCUGCUGAUACAAUGUCGGAUGAUAAGUUUCUGGAAAAACUGUUCGACGAGGAUGAUACGACUUCGGCAAGAACUGAAGAAGAGCCAAAUCCUGCACAGCCCGGACCAUCUUCAGUGUCAAUCAGUUUAGAAUCAUCAUGCGAUACACAAAAAGAUAUCAAGGUUGAUGAUGUACCUGCUCCGCCACUGACAUUUAAAGUUCCGCGGCUCACGAUCAAAUUGGGUGGAGAUGAGAAGAAGCGGAAGCAUAACAGAAGUGAAAGUGAUUCGGAUGAUAAUAGUCUGAAAAAAGAGAAGAAGCAUAGAAAAGAAGAUCAUCCCAAGGAGAAGGAAAAGGAAAAGAAAAAGGAAAAGGAGCAGGAAAAAUCAACCGAUUCGGAGAAGGAUCUCAAGAGAAAGAUUGAGGCUCCAAUCGAAAAAAUUCGAAUCAAGUUUUCCGGGGAGCCCAGCGAGAAAUAUCGCAAAAUUAACGAGGAACCUCCUAAAAAGGAGCACAGGGAUAAAGGACGCAAAGAAGAAAAGUCUCAUAAGCAUCGAAGCGAUGAUGACGACUCGUCUCCAAAGAAGAAAAAACAUCGCGACAGUGACGAGUCUUCAGAAAAGAAGAAGAAAAAGCACAAGCAUGAUAGUGAUUCGGCAUUAAAGCUGCGAGAGGGAUCACCUUUGAGUGUAGACAAGGAAAAGUCUCCGAUGAAGAUUCGAAUUGGACAGGGUCAACCUUCCAUAUCAUUAGCAGCGAAUGAAGAUAAAAAUCACCCUCCGAUCAAACUCAAGUUGAAUGUUAAGUUCAAUAUGCCCAGUCAGGAGACUGAUGGUUCGAAAAAAGAUAAAAAGGAGCCACAUAAAGAAAAAGAAAAAGACAAGGAAAAGGAAAAGGAAGAGGACAAAGGUAAAGAGAAGGAGAAGCACAAAGAUAAGGACAAGGAUAAGGAGCACAAGAAGAAGUCCCGUGAAGAUGAAACUGAAGAGGAGCGUCGUGCUCGAAAAGAAGCAAAACGCCUGAAGCGUCAAAAAGAGGAACAGGAGGACGACGCUAAACUUCAGGAGAAACUUGCUCGAAAGGCUGCAAAAAAGGAGCAAAAACGGUUGGAAAAGGAGAAGUCGGAAAGUAGUACGGGUACUGUGAAUUUGUCAGCAGCUGGAUCUGCUUAACUUUUUGUCAUAAAUUAUUAUAACUCUACGUUUUUUUAAAAUUAUUUUGCACUGAUCUUCAUUGUCAUCUCAUUUUGAAUAUGCCAGCGAUUUGUGAUGUUUUAAAAAUAUUUUUUCCUACCCACUAGUCUCAAGAUUUUCUUUUCAUUAUUUCAACUUCGUGUAUUUUUUUCCCAUUGUUUGUCAGACUUUUACAGAUGGAUACUAAAUAUUAUAAACAUUAUCU